AUGGCAGCCAUUAAUUUCAGCAUUGUAUCAAUACGGUUACCGGAUUUCUGUUCCGGUAGCGGAAAGACACAUCGGAGUUCCAUUACUCUUCAAAAAAGACCGCUCGCUGCGGCAGCAAGCUCAUCGGAAUAUCCUUCUUCGCCUUCCGUAACUGAACAGCCUGAAAUCGAGCUCGAAUUUAUUGCGCCGAAGGCAGGAAGUGACGGGAAGUAUACGGUGGAUAGAGCUAAGGCGAUAAGCGGAGAUAAAUUAUUGAGGAGUAUUAUGUUGGAUAACAAGUUAGAGCAAUACGGCGCGUAUGGGAAAGUGAUGAAUUGUGGAGGUGGUGGAAGCUGUGGAACCUGUAUUGUGGAGAUUUUAGAUGGAAAAGAUCUUUUGAAUGAGAGAACUAAUACGGAACUCCGUUAUUUGAAGAAGAAACCUGAAUCUUGGAGGCUCGCGUGUCAAACAAUAGUUGGCAAUAAAGAGAACUCUGGCAAGGUUGUGGUUCAAAGGCUACCCCAAUGGAAGAAAUGAACAUACAUAUAAAAGACGUCCGCAUCAAACGAGCAGCAGUAUAUUGAUUUUCGUGAAGUUAUGGUAAACUUUUGCUACAUUUCUUAGGUUACACUGCAAAUUUAUGUUGUCUGUGUUCAUAAUAUUCUUCUUGUAAUUCAAAAGGAAUAAAGCACAGUGCGUAUACAUGAGCACAUAAUAGAAAUGAUUUUUUUUUUA